CACGGACCAGGACAUGUAGUAGCUGCGAGAUGUCUCAUCAAUCUCGAUGCAGCCUACAUCGCAAUGCGGACGUGGCCCAAGCUAGCGGCCAAGUCCUUGCGACCACCGACCUUGAGCCAUGAAUGGAGCUUGGCGAACGUUGCGCGGCGCCUGGGCUCGGGGUCUGCUCCACCGGUUAAUUAUCCGGAUAAUCCACGAGAGCGCUCAUUUGGAAUUUGCGAUCGCAGCAAGCAGGAAGAGUCGAGCGCAUGGCGACCAAGGCGACGCAGACGCCGGCGCCGGGCAAUGAGGAUCCGUCGAUGGAGCCGACCGAGAUGCGCCUCGUCGUCGCUCGAGGACCGAAGCGGUCGCGGGGUCCCGCCACGGUGCCCCCCAAGGCGCCCACUGGCCGCAGCGCGCGCGUGCGAAAACCCACGACUACGUACACCCCCGUGAUUGAAGCCAAGAAGGUCGGGCGAGGUCGGCCGCCAGGGUCCAAGUCCGGGGCCGCGACCGCCAAGGAUCCGGUGAAGCGACUCUUGAACCGCGUCCGUGCCCGCCUCUCCCAGCUUCGAUACCACACGACGUACAUUGAAACGUACGAAGCCGAUGGGUGGCGCAAGCGAAGCACCGAGAAACUCAAGCCGAGCGGGGAGCUGGAGAAGACCCGACGCAAGCUGCGCUACGGCAAGCAGAUGCUCUUGGUCGACAUCCGAAGCUUCCAAGAGCACUAUGCAGCGCAUCGGCCGCUGCCGCGCGACGCCGGCGAGAUGAACGAGGAAGACAUUUUGUGCGCCAAAUGCCUCCUCUCGACAACAGCGCCGGACAAUGACAUAUUGAUCUGCGAGUCGCCGGGCUGCAACCGCGUGUACCACCAACAGUGCCUUGAACCGGUCUUGCUCACAAAGGACCUUCCGGCCGAAGACGUCGACUGGUACUGCCAUCUGUGUCGCGGGAUCUUCGAGGCCCUUCGGCUGACCAACUUGUCCUUUGGUACGGCGUGGAUGGCCGUCGAGGAGGUGUUUCCCGACCUUGAGGCGGAGACGACGGCCGCCGAGACAGACCUCAUUCCGUCCGACUCGGACGACGAAGACUUUACCGGCGUCGAUUCCAAGGACGAAGCGAGUGGUGAUGGCGAGUCUGGAGACGGCGGCUCGGAGGAGGCAAUGAGCGACAGUGAAAUCGCGUUCCACAAACAAGCGCUCGCCACGGUCGAACCCUCAAGCGGACCGCAGGCAACAAAAUCAGCCAAUGGGGACGACGCUGUUCUGGUCACUGGAAAGCGCAAGCGAUCGGUCGUCGACUACCAAGCCUUGCUCGCGCAGAUGCCCGCGGACGAUGACGACGACAACGAUGAGAACGAGUACGCGCCACCCGAUGAGAGCCUCUCGGACCACAGCAAUGCGAGCUCGUCCGACGAAGAAGACGAAGAAGACCUGGCGACCCUUAUCGUUGAAGGCAAACGGAAGCGAACACUAGUCGACUACCUUGCUCUCAACGGCCAGCUCUUUCCGAACGACGCGGCGGGGGACGAAGAAGGCGAUGUCGAGUACGCUCCGAGCAAGCUCGAAACGAUUGCCGAAUCGUCAGACGAAGACAUGGCUGCGGGCAACGACGACGAGUUGCCUCCCCAAGUGAAGGAGAAACGCAAGCCUGGCCGGCCACGAAAGCCCGUGGACCCCAACGCACCACCGCGCAAGCGCGGGCGUCCACCGACCAAGCACCUCAAACUGGCGGCAGCCGCUGGAACGAUCUCGUCGUCCACAUCUGCUGCCAACACGGAGACUGCACCACUUCUCAAGCGCGAGCAUCCGACGGGCGAGGCUGAACAAGGCCCGCCUUUGAAACGCAACUCAUCGCCGCAUGUCGAAGGGACGGCAGCGAGUAGCCCUGGCGACUCCUCGAUGUCACUACCGAUCUCGCUAGCGCCGUCAACAGGACCCGCGGCACUAGGAAAGCGACAACGGACGCCCGUAGACUAUGUCGCUCUGAACGGCGCGAGUCCGUAGUAGCAAGGCCUUGGUAGCAGGUAGCCGAGUCAAUUUACUUUUAUCGUCUAGUACAUGGGGAAGGCUGGGUCGACGCGUGCUGCCCACGCGUCGAGGCCGCCUUCAAUGUGCCACACGCG